AUGACGUCCGCUACCACCAUGCAGGCAUUGAACUACCUCGGGCCUUACAAGGUUCGCGUGGAAGAGGUGGAAAAGCCAAAGUUGCAGCAUCCUGAUGAUGUUAUUGUCAAGGUCACCACUGCUGCUAUCUGCGGGUCAGACUUGCACAUGUACGAAGGGAGAACGGCCGCGGAGCCAGGAAUAACUUUCGGUAAGAUUUCCACGCUGAACCAACUGUCGACAAUCACUGAAAAGGCAAAAGGACACGAGAAUAUGGGAAUCGUUGAGGAGCUCGGAGAGGGAGUCACAUUAUUGAAGAAAGGCGACCGUGUUGUGAUGCCAUUCAAUGUCGCCGACGGCCGCUGCCGCAACUGCGAGGAAGGAAAAACGGCUUUCUGCACUGGUGUCAAUCCCGGAUUCGCAGGUGGUGCAUACGGUUAUGUCGCCAUGGGCCCUUACCGCGGAGGACAGGCACAGUAUAUUCGUAUCCCAUAUGCCGAUUUCAAUGCUCUGAAGCUCCCCCCAGGCAAGGAGCACGAGUCCGAUUUUAUUCUUCUUGCAGAUAUUUUCCCCACCGGCUGGCACGGUGUCGAAAUUUCCGGGUUCAAGUCAGGUGAAAGCAUUGCUGUCUUCGGCGCCGGUCCUGUUGGUCUGAUGGCGGCGUACUCGGCUGCAUUGCGAGGAGGAUCGAACAUAUACGUGGUUGAUCGUGUCGCCGAGCGCUUGGAAGCCGCGAAGAAGAUUGGGUGCAUUCCAAUUGAUUUCACAAAGGGCGAUGCAGUUGACCAGAUUAUCGCGCAUAACGGUGGUGAGGUUGACCGGUCCAUCGACGCUGUCGGCUACCAGGCAGUUGGUUCCGACGGCUCCUCCGAGAAGGCCAACAUUGUUCUUGAGAACAUGAUUCGGGUAAGUUCUCCGUUCGACCCUGGUGCCGCCGACCCUGCUACUGCAAAUGGAAUGAUCAGCUUGAGCUUUGGAAAGCUUUUCGAGAAGGGCCUUUCUAUGGGUACCGGACAGUGCAACGUGAAAUCCUACAACAGAUAUCUGAGAGACCUUAUAAUCGCCGGAAAAGCGAAGCCUAGCUUCGUAGUAUCACACGAGCUAGGAUUGGCCGAUGCGGAGAUGGCAUACGAUAAGUUCGACAAAAGAGCAGACGGUUUCACAAAGGUUUUACUACACCCCAAUGGUGGUUUCUGA